AUGUCGGAAAAUGCUAAGCCGCCAGAGGAGGAGCCUCUGCCUGAUGAGGUGCUCAAUGCGAGCGUGGAAGAGAUCCAGACGCGGACGCGGUUGCUGGAGAAUGAUAUCAAGGUCAUGCGCUCAGAGAACAUGCGCUUGAUGCAUGAGCAGACGAUGAUGCGGGAGAAGAUCAAGGACAAUGCGGACAAGAUUAAGCAGAACAAGGUGUUGCCCUAUCUGGUGGGGAAUGUUGUCGAGAUUCUCGAUAUCGAUCCAGACGUGGACGAAGAGUCUGAAGAAGGCGGCGCGCAGAUCAAUCUCGACACGCAGCGCAAAGGCAAGUGUGCGGUCAUCAAGACGUCCACGCGCCAAACCAUCUUCCUGCCCUUGAUUGGCCUCGUGCCGCCAGAAACGCUCCGGCCGGGUGACUUGAUCGGCGUCAACAAAGACAGCUACCUCGUGCUUGACAAGCUUCCAGCCGAGUUCGACAGCAGAGUCAAGGCGAUGGAGGUGGACGAGCGACCAACGGAGCAGUACACUGACAUUGGCGGUCUGGACAAACAAAUCGAAGAACUGGUCGAAGCGAUUGUACUUCCGAUGCAGCAAGAGCAGAAGUUCAAGAACCUCGGUAUCCGGCCGCCCAAGGGGGCGCUCAUGUAUGGCCCACCAGGCACAGGCAAGACGCUUCUGGCGCGUGCGUGCGCAGCACAGACGAACGCAUGCUACCUGAAGCUAGCAGGCCCAUCGCUGGUGCAGAUGUUCAUCGGUGACGGCGCGAAGCUGGUGCGCGAUGCGUUCGAGCUGGCGAAAGAGAAGGCCCCUGCGAUCAUCUUCAUCGACGAGCUCGAUGCAAUCGGCACGAAGCGCUUUGACAGCGACAAGUCCGGCGACAGGGAAGUGCAGCGAACAAUGCUCGAGCUGCUGAACCAACUCGACGGCUUCAGCUCCGACGAGCGCAUCAAGGUCAUCGCCGCGACGAAUCGCAUCGAUAUCCUUGACCCGGCGCUGCUUCGCUCCGGACGGCUGGACCGCAAGAUUGAGUUCCCGCUCCCGAACGAGGAGGCCCGCGCGCGCAUCAUGGAAAUCCACAGCCGCAAGAUGGCCGUCGGCCCCAAUGUCAACUUUGAGGAGCUCGCGCGCAGCACGGACGAGUUCAACGGUGCACAACUCAAGGCCGUUUGCGUCGAAGCGGGCAUGAUUGCACUGCGCGAGGGUGCGACGCAGCUCGACCAUGAGCACUUCUAUGGGGGCAUCAUGGAGGUGCAAGCCAAGAAGCAGAACGAGAUGUACUAUUUCUCGUGA